AUGGAUACCAAAAUUUCGAGCUUGAACGACCCGCCAAGAAUUUUGUCUGGGUCACAACUUCUACAUGAUUUGAUCCGAUGGGAUAAACACAAAAAUUCCUGUGCGGUUGACUUCACUAGUCAUGGCAAACGAGAAAAAUAUCGUUAUCAAGAUAUACAAGCUUGUGCAGCGUCUCUCGUUACGCAAAUCCAAGCAACGCUCGGAAGCCAUCAGGUAUCCCAACAGCAGCACAUCGUCCCGAUAUUGCUGCCACAGUCUCCUGGUUUAUAUAUCUCCCAAAUCGCCGUCUUGCAGUCUGGAGGGGCAUUCUGUCCCAUCAACCUCGAUGCACCGAAAGACAGAAUAAAAUUUGUCGUAGGUGACAUUUCUGCGAGUAUCAUAAUCACGACAUCAGAGUUUCAAGAGUCCGUUUCUUGGGAAGAUGGCCCCAAAAUCAUCUUUGUUGACGAAUUUCCUGCGAUCCCACCAGAAUCGAAAGAAAUCAGUGGAUCACGUGAAUCUAAAAGCAACGAUCUUGCAUAUAUUAUGUACACCUCUGGUUCGAGCGGAGUCCCUAAAGGUGUUGCAGUUAGUCAUUUAGCUGCUUCACAGUCUCUUUUAGCACAUGGAAGACUUAUUCCCAAAUUUCAAAGAUUCCUCCAGUUUGCAGCACCAUCUUUCGAUGUUUCUGUUUUCGAAAUUUUCUUCCCUUUGGCUAGAGGCCAAACGCUGGUCGGAUGUGGUCGUAGUCAGCUACUCAACGAUUUACCAGGCGUGAUUAAUGAACUAAACAUAGACGCUGCUGAACUCACUCCAACCGUCGUGGGAGCUUUAUUGCGGAAAAGAUCAUGUGUUCCUAAGCUUAAGUUGCUGAUGACGAUUGGUGAAAUGCUGACGAGACCAAUUGUGGAAGAAUUUGGCGGAUCCGACCAAAAAGAAAGCCUUCUCUACGGAAUGUAUGGGCCGACCGAAGCAGCUAUUCAUUGCACCAUUCACCCAAAAAUGGAAGCAAGUGCUAAACCUGCCAACAUUGGCGUGCCAUUUGAAACGGUGUCUGCGUUCAUAGCGGAGGCGGCUUCUGGGUCUGAAAAGGAACAGGAUAUUAAAUUUCUUCCUCAGGGCGAACUUGGAGAGCUUAUUUUAGGUGGUCCGCAAUUAGCGAACGGCUAUCUCAAUAGGGAAGAGCAAAAUAAAGCUGCAUUUGUGACCGUGACAGGAAAAAGAUAUUAUCGAACUGGAGACAAAGCUCGAAUUCUUGAAGAUGGAAGCAUAGAGAUUCAUGGUCGCAUGAGUGGCGGACAAGUCAAGUUGAGAGGCCAGCGCGUUGAACUUGGUGAAAUAGAAGAUGCUAUCUACAAACACCCGGGCAUUAGGACUGUGGUAGCAGUCGUGCUGAGUGGGUUGCUCGUAGCUUUCGUACUCACAAACGAUGAUACAAUGAAUUCGGAUCAAGUACUGAGCACUUGUUCACAAUGGCUUCCGAGCUUCAUGCUGCCUAGCGAGAUUGUUAUUUUGCCAGAGUUGCCGUAUCUACCGUCUGGAAAGGUAGACAAGAAAAGAUUAGAAGCAAACUAUCACCAACACUACGAAGUAGUGGAUAAGCAAACUAACUUCACACACGCUGAAGUAAUUGUGAGAGAAGUGCUCCGCGAGAUGCUUGGUCCAUUUCCCUCGAACAUACGUCUGGCAGCAGCCGGCCUUGACUCGCUUGUCUCUAUCAAAGUAUCUAGAGAACUUCGAUCACGAGGGUUUAAUGUUACCACUCUAGCAGUGUUACAAGCGGAAACCUUAAACGCUCUUGCAAAAAUUUGCGAAAGCUGCAAAGAAACUCCAAAUUCUGCUACAGCAAACGCAGCAUCUACCAACUCAGAGGCAUAUGCCAUGCUAAAUGGCGACGCAAAAAAUAUCGAGGCCUCUUACCCGUGUACCCCAUUACAAAAUGCGAUGCUUGCUGAGACUGCCAUCGACCAUAGAGCUUACCGAAAUAUGGUCGAGCUGGAUUUGCCAAAACUCAGCAAUAUUGACAAUCUCCGUGCAAAGCUACAUGAUCUUGCCGAUCGCACUCCAAUGCUCAGGACUGGUUUUGCAGAUUCGUACGAUAAUAGUGGAUACAUGCAGUUUGUCUGGAAGACGUUUCCAGAUUCACAUAUUGAGACUGUGGAUGCCUUUUCCGAUGGUUCGGAGAUUUCUAGAACUGCAUCACUUCAUCGUCCUAUAUCCUUCGAGAUUCUCUCCAGUAAAUCUUACCUGAAACUAAUGAUUCAUUUUCAUCACGCACUUUAUGACGCUUGGUCCUUAGAUCUUCUUCUUGAUGAUUUGGACUGUCUGUUGCGAGAUGAGACUCCAAUUUCACGUCCGCCAUUCGCAGAUGUGGUGAGGGAAUAUAUUAACAGCAGCAUUUCCUCUGACUCUCAAGUCUCUAAAGAUUAUUGGAGAGAUCACAUGGCACAUCUCGAACUUAGGCACAUGCCAAACUUUCAUACAAGAAAAGCUACCUCAGCUGGAUUGGCUGUAGCGCAUCACUCCACUCAGCUCUCCACAUCAGAUAUUGAAAUGGCAGCGAAACGAAUGGCUUCGAGCCCACAAGCUAUAUUCCAAGCCGCGUACGCUUUAAUUUUAGCCUCUUAUUUGGGAUCAACAGAUAUCUGCUUUGGCACUGUUUUUUCUGGCAGAACCAUCCAUGUUCCGGGAAUAGAAGAUAUUAUUGGACCAUGUCUUGCAACCUUACCGGUUCGCAUAGAUACAUCAAUAGCGAGUACUCUCCAAGACCUGGUAGAGGCAUUGAACAGUACGAACAGGAAACAUCUUGAACAUAGCACUUUUCCACUUCGCGACAUCAAAUCGGUCAACGGUUUCGAGCCUCGCCAGCAAUUAUUCGACACACUUCUGAUAUGGCAACAGACUCUUCAUAGUUAUGACUACAGCAGAAACAGUGUCUUAAUUGUUGAUCAAGUAGAUCAACUUGAGUUCAAUUUGACUCUCGAGAUAACUCCUACCUCUAACAACAUUCAAUUCAAGGCAAAUUAUCAACAGUCUGUGUUUCCAGAAUUUCAAAUAAACAUGCUUCUGCGUCAACUCGAAGAAAUGACAAAAGCAAUCAUUGAACACGCAGAGAGUCCGUCUAGUCUUGCCUUCGAUGGGAAUAGCCCUGAGAUUCUCUCCAUUGAGAAUCCUGUACCUACCGUGGCCCUUGGACCCGAGACAUUGAUAUCCCCAGUGGAAAAAAUCUCCAAAGAGGAUCCCGAUCGUCCAGCAAUCGCUUUUGCCAGCGGAAUCGAUGGCGACGAUUUUGAGAUCCAAUACAUGAGCUAUGGUGCUUUGAAUACUCGUGCAAAUCAGCUGGGGCACUACCUUUCUUUUCUUGGUGUCCUCCCAAAUGAUAUUGUUUGCAUAUGUCUCGAGAAAAGUCAUGAUUUUUAUGCUUCAAUAUUGGCCACUACAAAACUUGGUGCGGGCUAUCUUCCAGUAACCCCAGGUAUCCCAUAUAGCCGAUUACAUCACAUUAUAAGCGAAGCCAAAGUUAAAGUAUUGAUUGGGCAUUCUUCAUCCCGACCAUUAUUAGGACAAUCUGCAGGCAAAGAAAUUGUUUACAUCGAUGAGAUUGAUCUGGCUCAACAAUCUACAGAAAAUCUAAUUCCUGGAUUCAAGCCAGAGAAUAUUUCAUAUUGCGUAUUUACUUCAGGCAGCACUGGGACUCCAAAGGGAGUCCUUGUCACUCAAGGUAAUCUUCUGAGCAAUCUUGAUGUAUUAGAGGAAAUUUACCCGGCAACGAAAGAUUCUAGACUUCUCCAAUCAUGUUCCCAGGCCUUUGAUGUAUCUGUCUUCGAGAUCUUCUUUACAUGGAGAAUCGGUGGAUGUCUCUGUUCUGCUGUGAAAGACAGCUUGUUUCGAGAUAUAGAACUUGCGAUUCGAGUUCUUGGUGUAACUCACCUCAGCUUGACACCUACUGUUGCUGCUCUCAUUGACCCUCAAAAAGUGCCAAAAGUAGAGUUUUUGGUCACUGCGGGAGAGGCUGUGACACAAAAGGUUUUUAACAAAUGGGCUAGUCGUGGACUUUACCAGGGAUAUGGACCGAGUGAGACAACUAAUAUUUGCACUGUCAACCCGCAAGUCAGUUUGGAAGAUCGUAUUGACAAUAUUGGUCGGCCAUUUAGAAACACUUCAGCUUUUGUACUUGCCCGCAACGCAGAAUUCUCCUUGGUCCCAAGAGGUGGCGAAGGAGAAUUUUGUUUUGGUGGAUCUCAGGUCUUUAGAGGAUACAUGAAUCGCGCUCAAGAAGAGGGAAAGAUUAUCGACCAUCCCGAAUAUGGGCGGUUAUACAAAAGCGGCGAUUUUGGACGGUUGAUGCAUGAUGGGUGUCUCAUUUUCACGGGCAGAAAAGAUGAUCAAGUCAAGAUCAGAGGCCAGCGAGUUGAACUUGGCGAGAUUAAUAAUGUUUUGAUCUCAUCAGGAGUCGACGACUGUGCGACCAUGGUUAUUGACGGGAAAGGUAAUUCGCAGCGCUUAGUUUGCUUUUUUACGCCUAAGUCAAAUACUUCCGAAGAUCUACUUCCUCUCCCGGCUGAUCUAGUCAUGAUUGACAAUCUCUAUCAGAAACUUGAGUCGACGCUCCCAGGUUACAUGAUACCUUCAAAUUUGAUUCCGCUUACGGUUCUUCCAUCAACAUCCCAAGGCAAGAUUGACAAGCGCCGGUUGAUUAGCUUAUAUGAUAGCUUUGAGCUUAGAUACCUUGAAACAACUACUAGAGCGUCAAAAUCUCCGACAGACCAUCCGUGGACAGAAUUAGAACUUGAGAUAAGAUCUGUAUUAGGCGAGAUUUCGAAGUCUUCAGUAGAAGAUAUUGGACCACACACAUCCUUCUUUAGUUUUGGCAUAGACUCGAUUUCGGCAAUUGCAUUUUCUCGAAAGCUACGUCAAGUGAUCCCUAAGCAAGUAGAUAUUUCAGACAUUUUGAGGUACACGUCUGUAGUCAGGCUUGCAGAGCACUUAUCAAGAUCUCAACAGCUUGUCAGAGAUGACUUAUCGUUGGCUCAUACAAAUUUUGGAUUCACUGAAGGGUUUAUAAGGUCUACCAUUUCCCAAUUCGACGAGAUUGGUAGAGUUGUAACAAAAAUUACACCCUGUACGCCUUUACAGGAAGCUAUGCUGUCUGCUGCUGACGCUUCUUCUGGCGCUUCAUAUAGCAAUCAUGUGAUGUUCAACAUCUUUGGUGACCUUGAUAGGCUCCGUGGUUGUUGGCAAGAAAUGGUUCAAAGACAUGAAAUCCUACGAACUUGUUUCGUUAGUACAGAUAUGCAAGAUUUUCCCUACGUUCAAGUCGUGUUAGCAGAAUUCAAGCUCGAAUUUGGCUCUCUUGAUUCUAGCACGUUGGACGCCGCCAUCGUUGAAAUGGGCACACAGUCGAAAAGUAACGAAAAUUCUCCACCAUACCAACUUAAUGUUCUCUCCUCAAAUGGCCAACCACGCCUUUUGGUCUCAAUGCACCAUGCUCUUUACGAUGGCGUCGCCCUAGAAGUUCUUUACCAUGAAAUUGAAGAGUUAUAUGAAGAAUUACCCCUGCAGCCCCAAGUAUCUUUCACUCCAUUUCUCCACCACAUGAGGUCGAUGGAUAUUGAUUCUUCCGACGAUUUUUGGAAAUCUACCUUACAAGGAUAUCAUCCACUCCAUCUCGAAGAUGUCUUAGAUGUGCCGGGACAACUCCAAAAGCAUAGCACCCGCAUUCAGCAACUAAUAACAAAAAUACCUCUCAGUCAAAUCGAAAACAAUAUCAAGAAACACAGCACUACGUUUCUAGCAGCGUUUCAUGCAAUUUGGGCUAGUAAUAUGACCGGACUAUUCAAAGCCACUGAUAUUUGCUUCGGCAAUGUUGUUAGCGGCCGCACAGCUCCAGUCAGUGGAAUAGAGAGACUUGUUGCACCCUGUUUCAAUACUAUCCCAGUGCGAUUAAAAGACCUCCAUAAAUUGACAUAUCUCGAGGCAUUCAGAAAGUUCCAAGAUGCAAAUACCAACUCCUUACCAUUUCAAUUCACUCCCUUACGGCGAAUUCAGUCUAGAUUUAGCCCUGAUGGCACCCGUCUGUUUGAUACCCUGUUGAUUUUACAACAGCCGUCGAAAAAGCUCGACCCUUCUCUAUGGUCCAUUAUAGAAGACAAUGGCGCCAUGGAUUUCCAACUUGUUUGCGAGAUUAUACCCAAUCCCAGCGAUGAUACCCUAGAAAUUGUUCUCCAUUCAUCCACUUCAAUAUUUACUGAUAAUGAUGCUUAUAAUAUAAUUCGAAGGUUCGAGAAUCUUAUCGGAGUUGCCUUGGACAAUCCGAGGCGGCAAAUUAUCUCGUCCUCUGCAAGGGCACAGAUUCUCAUAAUUAGCGAGGAAAGGAAUAAGAAAAAAGAUGUUUUAGAGUCAUACUCCCAUGACAAAGUGACAAGUCAACUAGAAUUAGAAAUUCGAAAUGCCAUUGCAGGGUUUACUGAUGUCCCCAAAGAAAUGAUCGGCCGCGAGACGAGCAUAUUCAGAUUGGGUCUCGACAGCAUCAGUACUGUUCAGGUUGCGUCUCGCCUGAGAAGUCAAGGACAUCAACUCCUUGCUAGUGAUAUUCUACAAAAUCCUACGAUCGCUCAAAUUGCUUUACAUCUUCAGCAAAUUGGCACUUCCAUGAGCCAGGAGAAUAGCCAAUUUGACUUUGCGGCUUUUGACCAAAAGUUUCGGGACAUAAUUUGUUCAAAGAUUAGCAUCUCUCAAGAUAAUGUAGAAGCAAUAAGACCUUGUACUUCUGUACAGCAAGGCAUGCUUGCUCAAAGUUUGCAUUCUGAAGGUCAUGAAUAUAUCAACAGCGUGUCUCUGGAGCUCUUGCCGGGUCACUCCACGGCAAGAAUUAAAGAUGCCUGGACUUCAGUUUGUAAAGCUCAUGAGAUGCUUCGGACGGCAUUCACCCAGACUGGAGACUCGGAUAACCCGUUCGCAAUGGUCACAUUCACAAAUGAAUCAUUUAUUCUCCCAUGGUUUGAAAGCCGGAAACAUGUCCUGUCAAAGGAAAUUGACCGCCUCGAGAACCCAUGGUAUAUAAGCAUAGAGGGGAAAGGGGAUAAAACUCUGCUCAUAAUCACUGCACAUCACGCUCUGUACGAUGCUCAAUCUAUGCAGAUGAUUUUCUCGGACUUCACGAAGUCCUAUCACAAUCAAUCAGUUAAUAGUCGCCCUAGUGUCAAUACGCUCUUAAGCUCAGCCUUACAAGCAUCUCAAGCGGACCAAGAUGAGAAAAAGGCAUUUUGGCAACAGCCAGAAAAUCGAAUCGUGGUCAAUAAGUUCCCUGAUCUAACUCCUCUUCGCGUCAUGAGAUCUAGUAAUGCAGUCUGUGAAGUCAAAUCCCUAGCUUCAUUACAGGAGCUCGAGGAGAAAUGUCGAAAUAUUGGAGUUACAGUGCAAGCAGCUGGACAAUCAACUUGGGCGAGAUUUUUGAUGGCAUACACCGGAGAAAAUGUUACGACAUUUGGAAUGACACUAUCAGGUCGAUCUGUUUGUGACGAUGCCAAUAUGGUGGCCUUUCCGACCAUUGUUACACUUCCGGUCAACUGUAAUGUAAUGGGCACUAAUAGCGAGUUGUUGUCUAGGACUAUGUCAUCUAAUGCACAACUUCACAAGCAUCAAUUCACACCGCUCACGUCGAUCCAGAAGUGGUCUGGUUAUCCUGAGGGAAGGAUAUUUGAUACCUUAUUCGCAUACCAAAAAUUACCCGAGGAAGGAGAUGUUUUGAGUCCGCCAUGGAAAGUAGUCUAUGAGGAAGCUACCGUGGAUUAUGUCAUAUCUCUGGAAGUUCAACCACUACUAUCCGGUGAAAUCGCAAUUCGACUAUCUUUUAGAGAAGACAUUGUGCCCGCAGCACAUGCAGAGCUUAUGAUAAAACAAUUCGAUGCGUUACUGCUAGAUACGCUCGACAACCCUGAUCAUCUAUGCGACGUAGCACCCAAAAUUGAAACGAGCCUACUAUCCAUCACUCCUGCCCAGGAUCCAGUUCUUCCCGACUCCGUAACACUUCUACACCAGUACGUUGAAAGAGGCUCCAAAACAUGGCCAAAUAGAGUUGCUUUGGAGUUUGCUACUUGUCUUGAGCCGGGCAAUUAUCACAGUCAAAAAUGGACAUAUCAACAGCUAGAUGAAGCAGGUAACAGGGUCGCUCAUAUGCUCCAUCUACGUGGGGUGACCCCGGGCGAGAUAAUUGCGAUUUGUUUUGACAAGUGUGCCGAGGCUUCUUUUGCAAUUAUUGGUAUCAUGAAGGCUGGCUGUGGUUAUGUUGCACUAGAUCCUAAUGCUCCUGCUGAACGUUUAAAGUUCAUCGUGGAGGACUCUGCUGCGAAGUUGACCAUUACUGCAGGAAAUCCGGCGCAAACCCUAAAAUCUUUCGUAGACGGAGAAAUGAUUGAUCUUACUGAUCCUUCUAUACUUCACGAAUUUAAAUCCGAGGCGCCACGACUUUUGAGAGAAAUUACUCCCCAGGAUAUCUCAUAUUGUCUGUAUACAUCCGGAACGACUGGUACACCAAAAGGAUGUCUUCUUACCCACGAAAAUGCUAUUCAAGCAAUGCUCGCAUUUCAAAGGUUAUUUGCUGGUCAUUGGACUACAGAAUCGAAGUGGCUACAGUUUGCCUCCUUCCAUUUCGAUGUUAGUGUCUUGGAACAAUUCUGGAGUUGGAGUGUUGGAAUUUGCGUAGCUUCAGCUCCUCGGGACCUGAUAUUCGAGGACAUUCCGGGUGCAAUUCGACAACUAGGUAUCACGCAUAUUGAUUUGACACCAAGUCUUGCACGUCUACUGCACCCUGAUGAUGUCCCAUCAUUGUGGAAAGGCGUUUUUAUUACGGGUGGUGAACAACUAAAGCAAGAAAUCCUGGAUGUAUGGGGUGAACAUGCUUGCAUUUACAACGGAUAUGGGCCGACUGAAGCUACCAUUGGGGUGACAAUGUAUCCUCGAGUGCCAAAGAAUGGCAAACCUUCCAAUAUUGGUCCUCAAUUUGACAAUGUAGGAUCAUUUGUCCUGAAACCAGGUACAGAGCUGCCGGUCUUAAGAGGUGGUAUUGGUGAACUUUGCGUUUCUGGAAAACUUGUCGGAAAGGGGUACCUCAAUCGCCCAGAACUUACAUCGGAAAGGUUUCCAACACUUACCGAUUUCAAUGAACGUGUAUAUCGCACUGGAGAUCUUGUUCGCAUUCUGCACGAUGGAACCUUUAUUUUCCUCGGCCGUGCUGAUGACCAAGUCAAACUUCGUGGGCAACGUCUGGAACUUGGUGAAAUCAAUGAGGUAAUUAAGAAGAGUAGAAACGAUCUCGAAGAAGUAGUCACGUUAGUCUUGAAACACAAAACCCAAGUUAAAGAGCAGUUGGUCACGUUUUUCGUCAACUCGGGAAAGAACGAGUCAGGAAACAAGGGAGUGGUUCCCUACAUUAGAGAUGCUUGCAAAUCGCGCCUUCCAGGAUACAUGGUCCCUACACAUUUCAUUCCCAUCAAAGCACUUCCACUUAACGCAAACAAUAAAGCUGAUUCAAAACAACUAGCAGCGCAGUUUAACGAUCUGAGUAUGGAAGAUCUUCAAAAUAUGAGCCUCUCAGUGCAGGAUGAUGUAGAAUGGACAAAGAGAGAAGAGAAAGUCCUCGGCCUUAUCGUCAAAGCGUUUCCCGUCGAGGUUCCCGAUUUGACUCGGAGCUCGAAUGUCUUCCAACUUGGUCUUGACUCCAUCACAAUGGUCAAUUUUUCUCAUACUUUGCAAAAGUUGGGAUUAAGCAAUGCUACUAACGCCACCAUCAGGGGCAAUCCCACGAUAGGAAAAUUGGUUGAAGCACUCCUUGUCGCACAACCGAAUGAAGGCAAGGAAAGCCCAUAUCUAAUCGCAGCCCAGUUGAAUAUUGUCGGGUUUUCACAGCAGCAUACACCUUCCAUUUGCAAGGAGCUAGGGGUAGGAUUGGAGCAGAUUGAGAGUAUUGCACCUUGCACUCCUGUGCAGGAAGGAAUGAUCUACAGAUUUCUUGAGAGCGAUGGGAGGCUAUAUUUCAACAACCUCCAAUACAGGCUAAAAUCUGGAGUUCUUCCGGAAGAGCUCUAUGCGGCUUGGGAUCGUGUCGUUUCUAAUCUUCAAAUAUUACGGACCAAAUUUGUAUUGACAGACGAUGGGUUUGCCCAAGUGGUUCUCAAGUCUGGAGAAUCAUCAUUGAAAAGAGCAUCAGAAGCCCCAACGAAAAGAGAAGAUAUUCUCAAGAACCCAUGUUCUUUUGAAGUCGUUGGUUCUGGAACUGAAAAGAAAAUGAUCUUGAACAUUUUCCAUGGCCUUUAUGAUGGCAGCAGUCUAGGUAUGAUGUUGAAUCACCUUUGCGACGAAUUCUUCAAUGUACAAGACAUUCAAUACGGGCCAGAUUUUCAUUCGUCCUUGGCACAUGGGCCAUUGUCAAUAAUUCCUAGAGCAGAAGAAUUCUGGAAGUCCCAUUUGAAAAACUGGUCUGAUUCUUCAUUACCUCAUAAACUGAAAGAUGAAGGUAAUAAUGUGUUCGAAGAUACCCUUGACCUAAAGGACUUUGAGAAAAGACGAAAAGCUCUAUCUGUCACCCCGCAAGCCAUAAUUCAAGCAGCAUGGAUCGCAGCUAUUCAAUUGAUCAUUUCUACAAAGCUAACAACGAUUGGUAUUGUCACGUCCGGUAGAGGAAUAGAUUUCGAAGGAGUUGAAGAAGUUGUUGGUCCUCUUUUCAACACCGUGCCCUUCCAUCUUCCUAUUGAAUUUGGCACCCAAAUGUCCUCUCUGAUUAAGGAUUGCCAUUCCAUUAAUAUGAAAAUCCAAGAAUUUCAGCACACACCUUUAAACGAUAUCACGAAAUGGAUCACAGGUGGAGCUAGCAGUCCACUCUUUGAGACCCUCUUUGUGUUUCAACGUCCGGAUGUUAACGAGAAACGAUUUUCGAAUCGUCUAGGGAGGAACGCCACAGUUGUUGACAAUAGUGAUACAGAUCUUGAUGAGUAUCUAAAGCCCAGCCUUCCUUCUGGAAUUGAACGGAUUUUGCCAGCUACACCUUUGCAAGAGAGCAUAUUGAAGGAAAUGAUAAACUCUAAUUUCAAAACUUAUUUGACUGUGCAGAUUUUGGAAUUAAGUGAAGGGACUCAAGAAAAAAAGUUAUUGAACGCCGUGGAUCGUGUUAUUGAGAAUUCACCUAUUUUAAGGACGACUUUUCUUGAAGUUCAAGACCCGCAGUCUCCUGUGAACUAUGCACAAAUUGUCCAUCGAGACUGGGUGAAAGUUUCCGAAAUGAGCCCGGUCGUAGGGCACACACAUAAGGGUCCCGAAAGCCUUUUACAGGAGGUAAAUUCCAGAUUAUUGGAAAACUGUACGUCGAUAGAGAGUAAUUUGUUCGGAGUACUUCCCGUUCAUUUCGAAAACAGGAGGUUCAUAGCAAUGAAAAUCUCACAUGCUCUUUACGACGGCGGAUCACUGCCGAUGAUACACGAUGAUAUCAGCAAAGCAUAUUGGGGCAAUGAAAUUACUGGGCGACCUGACUAUAUGUGGUACCUGGCAGAGAUUCUCGAUUCUGUUACCGAUGAGGCAAAAGAUUUCUGGAAGGCCACACUUUGGGAUUCGCCACCGUCUGUAUUUCCAAAGCAGGAAACACCGCCAAUGGACGAGAUUGCCAUUCACACAUAUGAAGCGGUGUCCGGAUACUCAUUACAAGAAGUCAAAAAUUUUUGUCGCUCUUCUAAUAUUACGUUACAGACACUAGGACAGACAUGCUGGGCUUUAGCCCUUGCAGAACUCAUGGGUCAGCUUGAUGUUGUAUUUGGGACUGUACUUGCUUGUCGUGAUACGCCCGAAGCUAGUAAGGUAAACUUCCCAUUGUUCAAUACUGUGGCAGUUCGAGCGAUACUUCGUGGAACUCUCGGUCAAAUGCUUCGGGAUAUGCAAGAGAAGAGCGAUACAACCCGUCAAUAUCAAAACUUCCCCCUUGGUAAAGCCCAAGCAUACGCACUCGGUUCUCGAGAUUAUUCAAACAAGGAUACCACGAUGUUCGACACACUGUUUACAUAUCAAGGUGCUAGGCCUGAGGCGGAAAUCGAUCCGCUAUAUUCAUAUCUAGGUGGCACCUCAGACAACAUUCAGUUUGCAAUCUGUGUUGAAAUGGAGGUGGAAGAAAAAUCAGAUAAAGUUUACUGGUCAGCGGCUUGUAAAUCUGUUGCUAGAAACGAGGCACAGACCCGAGAGAUUCUCCAAAGUUUAGAUACACUUCUAGGGAUGAUUAUGGAAGACGAAAAAGACCAGGUUAUUGAGAUUCACUCUGAUGGAAUCUCAAUAAGCGGAUCCCGGAUAUUUCAACCUCGAGAAAUUUCCCGCCCUCAGAGGAUUCCAAAAGCACUUUCCAUCCGUGACAAUUGGUCUCAAACUGAAUUGAAACUUCGAGAAGCAAUCUCUGUCAUCUCAGGUUUGCCGGAAGAGGAUAUCCCUAAAGACUCAACGAUCUUUCAGUUGGGCUUGGACUCAAUUACGAUAAUCAAACUUCCAGCACUAUUAAAGAAGUGCAACAUCUCCCUAACUGCUUCGGAAAUCAUGAAAUUUCUCACAAUUCAGGAUAUCACCAAACACCUAUCUGGGAAACAUGAAACGCAACCAGAUGGUCCUAUCGAUGCUGAUGCUAUUUUGGUUCAAUCUACACCAUUGAUUGAUCAAAUCAAGCUUGAUCAUUUGCAAGCUUCUUUGGGUGAGAUAGAAUACAUCAUGCCCGCAACAUCAGGACAAAAGUACAUGAUUAGACAUUGGCAUAAUUCGCAAGGGUCAGUCUUCUAUGCAACUUUCAAAUUCAAGCUUUCCAAUGGCUUUGAUCGAAAUCGACUCGAUUUUGCUUGGUUUAAAUUGCUAUGUCAACACGAUGUCCUACGUACUGGUUUCAUUGAGUCGCCCAAAGAGUUAAGUAUCGCUCAGAUUGUUUACAAAAAUCCGUCAAAUAAGAUCAUUUAUGUAACAGAGUUAUCCAAGCUUGAAGAAUGUACAGAAUAUUGUGAUCUAGAAAACCUCGAAGAUCCACCACUCCGUCUUUUCGUCAUUGGGGAUGAUUCCAGGUCAAAUACUUCAAGUCAAGGUAUCGAAAUGCACUUGGUUAUCCACCACGCUCUUUACGAUGGCAUAAGUAUCUCGUUGUUGAUUAAGAAUUUGGUAGCCUGGUAUGAAGAUUCGGAUUUCAUGUCUGUUUCUCCAAUUACCAAAGCUAGAUGGAAGACAUUUGUAGCGACAGCGAUCCAGGAAAAAAGCAGGCAGUCUGUGAGGGAUCAGUGGGUGGAGUAUCUUGGCUGUCCUCCUGAUAAUCAACCAAAUCCAAAUUUUUACAAGGGAUAUGAAUCACCAGAGCCAGAAAUUGAAGAGCCAAGGCGAGUUGAGGUUUUCACACCUGGUUUACCAGCAAAACGCCUGAAGUCAAUCGCCCACAAUGCGGGCGUCUCGAUUGAUCAUAUAUUGAUCGUGUUGGCAUCCAGACUUUUGAGGAUGAAACAAUUCGAGAAUCCUUUGCAUAUUCAUCCUUCUCAAAGCAGAAAAAGUAACAGGGAAGACCUAAUCGUAGGCCUGUAUUUGGCAAACCGCUUUCCGUUUUCGGAAAAUCUUUCUUCAAUGCUAGCUCCAACGCUCAACUUAUUACCGAUCAAAAUUACAGAGAAGAAGGCAAGUUUUGGUAUCAAUUUUGCCUUGCCAUAUGAGGAGUUAGCUAGAACUGUCCAGAGAGAUUUGGGAAAUAUCGGCGUCGGGGGUAUGGCUAAUGUGGACUUGGACGAGAUUUAUGAGUGGACUGGAGUGAAUGUAUAUGGCUGGAUUAAUAUUGUUAGGGGGGUAGACGAUGGUGAGAAAACGGAUAAGGGUAGAGGGGUGAGUGGGAAAGCGGGUGAGGAAUCGGAUUGGGAAGUGGUUGGGAAAUCGAAUGCGGAAACGCAGAAGGAGAAUAAAAAUCCCGGCGGGACAUUUUGUCUAGAGCCUUCGGUUCAAAAGGGCCGAAAGAAGAUUCAGGGAGAAGAACUUCUUCAACCGGUUGUUGAUAGGGAAGCGUAUGCGAGAGUGGUUCCACUGAAGAAGGGCAAGAAGAUGCCAGCUGUGAAGGAAUUCGGAGCGUACCUGCCAUCAGUCGAUAUAGAAAUCCGCUAUAAUCCUCAUGAUGAAACAAUCGACAUAGGUAUCUUUGGACCGAGUGAUAAAAUUAGUCUUGAAGAGGUAGCUUGCUGGAUUGAGCUUUUGGGGAACCAGAUUUAG